AUGUCGGAAGUUGUAAAUGGACUGCCGAUUGGAAAGUCGGGAUUUGGAGAAGUUCCCGACUCCGCCAAGGACAAAAAUGAUCAAUCAGGUGUCUCGGUUAGUCAGCCUCUAGGAAUACAGGUUCAACAACCCCAACAUUCCCAUUCACAGCAGAUGUCACAACAACAACAGCAGCCUCAACUUGGCCAACCAAUGUCCCAUCAACAACAAUAUCCAUCCAGACAGCCACAACCAAUCUCUUCGGCGUACCUUAACUAUUACAACAACGGAUACCAUCCUCACACCUAUCAAUAUAACUAUGCACCAUUCAGUUACUAUGGCGGGGCGGUUGCAGGAGCUGGACAAGUGGGGCCCAAUGCGGUUUCUACCGGAGGAGGUGCUGCGCCUAAUCCAUCUAAUGCUACUGGAGCAUCUGCGGUUGGUGGUAUGACUGCCGUGCCUCCAGCUUCUGACUCUUCGUAUCUCCAGGUACAGCAGAUGCACCAACACCAACAGCAGCAGCACCAACAGCAGCACCAACAGCAGCACCAACAAGCUCAACAGCAGCAGCCAUCACAGCCGCAGCAAGCACAACAGCAACCCCAAGUUAAUGAUUAUCAAGUACAACAAUUUUCGUCGUACAACGCACCUGGAUCUGCGACGCUGGGAGCGGCCAAUGGUGCCAAAAAGACACUGCGAAGCAAGCCCAAGGCGAAAGAGGACGUUGGGUCUCCGUCUGGAGCCACCACGGGACGGCCAUACACUUGCGAGUUUCCCGACUGUCAGUGGUCGUUUGCUAGGCAAUCGGAUUUGCGGCGCCAUGCCAAGCUGCACUCGGCACCCAUGUUCCACUGUCCCUAUUGGCGCAACGACCCCACUUGUCACCGCAAUGGGGGAGCCUUCAACAGAUUAGACGUUUUGAAAAGACACCUUCGACUUGUGCAUUAUGUUCAAGACAAGCACCAGGGAGGUGCUGGUUCAAGAUCAACGUCCGGUAAAGAUGAUGCUGGAUGGUGCCGUGCGUGUCAGCGGAUGUUCCCUCUGUCAAAGGCAUUCGUGGAUCAUUGUAUGGCGUGCGCGCAGCUGAUUCUGCCUGCUGAGUGGAAGUCGUUGUCGUCUCGAUAUCCAUACGAGCAGAUGGGAAUGAUGCAAUAUCAGCAACUGAUGCAGCAGGUUCCUCAAAUGGCGCAGAAUUCGGGCCAUUCUCAGAACCAAAGCCCACAAGUACAAGUAGCCCAGGUGCACGGAUCUGGCGCUGCCCAGUCCCCUACCAACCAACCGCCUCCACCAUUGAACCAGCAGCCGCAACAGGCGAGAGCAAAUCAGCUCAUGGAUAUCCCAGGCGACUAUCUUAUAGAUAAAGAUAUUAAGGGGUAUCAAGUAGAGACAAAAAAAAGAUCGAAUCAAACGGCAGGGGGUGCCAAUAAGAAGACCAAGUCUUGA